AUGGGCCAAGGUAGCAGCAAAAUAGAGGUCACAAAGGCCGACAAGGCGAUUCUACAGCUAAAGCUUUCUAAGGACGAGUUACACCGGUACACAAAACGCACAGAAGCGUUAGUUUUCAAUGAACGAGAACGCUUGAAGCUUUUACUGCGACAGAGUCCAAAAACCGGAACUAAGGACCCCAAAGCUCGUGUGUUACUCAAGAAAGUUCAUUACCAGAGCCAUUUGCUAGAACAGGCGUCAGACCAGCUCAUAAACUUGGAAAAUCUGGUUGCAACAGUGGAAUUCAAACUUGUAGAAAAACAGUUUAUGGCCGGGCUCAAACAGGGAAAUGAAGUCUUAAAACGACUGAACAAUGAAUUCAAGGGAGCUGAUGAGCUCAUGGACUCUGUGGCAGAUCAAAUUGCGUACCAGGACGAAAUUGACCAAGUUUUGUCGUCCAGCGUUGUAGGUGGGUUUGAGGAAGAGCUGGAUCGGGAGCUGAAUCAAUUAGACAAAGAGGUUAACGGCACAGGUGUCGAGCAAAAAUUGGAAUUACCAGAUGUUCCACUAAAUCAACCACAAAAGGUCCCAGAGUUACCAUCUACGGAAGAGCUACCCUCUUUGUCUAAUCAGAAUUCCCAGAAUAGCCCCGUAAGAAGACCAGAAGUAGCACUGGCCGAAUGA